GCCGGAAUGUGGGAGAAAUGGCGUCUUCGGCGUUUAGCGCAUCGCAGCUCGCGCCGCGAAAGUGGUUAAUAUUUAUGCUUCAUCAUCACACCGGCUCCCCUCCGUCACCACCACUGCCUACGCUCCCUCCGCUCUCUCAAUCAACUUGCUGCCAUCAGCCUACGUGUUUUCAUCCACCACUACCACCUUGUAAUUACCACUUUUACUACCUACACACAACUGCAAUCGCCGACCUCGACUCAUACAACCUCACCUCAUCCAUCCCACAAUGAACGCAACCAAGAUUCUCCAGGCUGGCCGCCAGCCCAUGAUCCGCUUCCUGGGCAAGCGCACUACUCCUUCUCACGUCGACCAUACUCCUCAGGCCCACCCAGCUUCCCCAACUCACUCGCUUCCUGAGUCUUUUGCCAGCUACCGCCAGAAAGCACAGCAGCACGGCCCUCUGAACCAGUCCCGGGACUACUCUAGCGGCGUCGGCAGCACUCCUGGUUCUUCCUUGGGCCCCGUUGAGGCGGGCAAGGGCUUCUUUUUCGACCGUUCCGAGCUUCCCGCACGCUUCCAGCGGAUGACUUGGUCUCAGGCUGAGAUCGACGCCAUCGAGUCCGGCGGUGCCAGCAUGUUUGCAUAGAUGAACUAGCAUGAUGAACAAUGGAGGAGACACGUCAGGACGUGUCAGCAUUGUACAUACACUACACGCAUCAGAACAUAGAUGAUUGAUCACGAGGGAGGACGAGCGCUUUGGCGCGAUGGGACUUGGGCGAACGACUUGAACACAAAAGCGAGAUGGACUGCAACUGCUUGCGUAUUAUACCCUUCAAGACUGACAUCUGGGAUGAGGAACUGCUAGGAAAAGCUCUGGGCUAGGAUUUGGAAGCAUCAUAUGACGAACGGGACUGCCACACUCAACACUAUCAUGAGAUACUCAACAUCAAUACAAAGAUACAC